CCUCAACUCGCCAUGUGACUAAUUGUAUCCAAACUGUAGCAGCACAAAACCGGGGACUGGUGUCAGACAGUACAGCUGGACUAGGGCAGGGUGUGCACACAGCUGACAGUUCAAACGGCUUUCCUAUUGCAAUGGCUGACAAAGAAAAUCCUACCAGUUUUCUGGAGGGGGAAAUUCGAAUGGUACUUUCUGGAAAGACUGGAGUAGGUAAAAGUGCCACAGGGAAUACAAUAUGUGGAUCCGGAAAGAUGGAACAGAUAUUCCAAGCAAUGGCAGAGGGAUCUGGUACAAAGACAUGUCAACAACAUUCCUUAAAUCGCUUUGGGCACGACUUGCAACUUGUUGAUGUCCCAGGUUUUUGUAACACAAGCAGAUCAGACGAAGACGUCAAGCAAGAGAUCAUGAAAUGUGUGGGGAUGUCAUCUCCUGGAAUACACGCCUUUCUUUUCAUUGUGAGGAUAGGUAGGUUCGGUGAAAACGACAAACAUUCUUUGGAAACGUUUCUGCAAUGCUUUGGAGAAGACGCUAAAAGAUUCGUGAUUGUUGUAUUUACUGAAAAAGAUCACUUGGAAGAAUGCGGUGACACUAUUGACAACUACAUAUCUGAUUGUCCAGUGAAACUGAAGAAAUUUUUAUUUGAUACAAGUCAUCGCUAUAUUUCUGUCAACAACAGAGGAACGUAUGAAGAGAAGGAGAAAUUUACCAAAGACCUGAUAGACAUGGUAAAACACAUGGUUGCUGAAAAUGGUGGCGAGUGCUACACAAAUGAGAAGCAUGAGAGAUGUGAAGCUGAUCUGCCAAAAGCUGCAAAGAAUGAAAUACUUGACGAGAAGCAGAAGCUUUUCGAGGAGAAACUUAAACAAGAAGUCGUUGCCUAUGAAGAAAAAUUACAGAACCAGCGUCUUAAAAUGCAAGAAAUGGAGAAACAACUUGGAAGGGAAAGAAAUGAAGAAGAUCGGUUGAAAGAACAUCUAAAAGCCUUACAACUGAUACUAAAGGGGGAAGAAGAUAAAAAAGACAGUCAGAACAGCCUGAGAGAUGGUUGAAGUCAUGGUCUAAACAGCAGCUGAUACAAAAACUGCAAAGAUAGACGAUAGAAUAUUGCUGUGUUUCCGUGAUUCGAACAUACAAUGUUCAUCAUAGUUUUCUUCCCCCUUUAUGCCUGAUGGAAUCUGUGAGGGCAGAUAACUCAGGGAGCUGUCCGUUGUAGAAGCCGACACUGGUUACUGUUUGCCGAUGGCAAAGAAUGGCCUAACACACUUUGGCAAUGGCAGCCUCAACCGAAAAGUUACAUUAGACAGAAUGCAAAACUAAGUAUCACUGAUUUUCCGUGAUUCAUCCACCUAUGAAUGAUAAUAUUUUUUAUGCUCAGUGGAAUCUAUUGGGCAGAUACUCCAUACUCACUAUGCGUUUACUUUUAGUAUUUUAGUUUUUUGCCUCGUAUAGCAUUCGCCAGCAAUAUCACGUCAGGGGACACCACAACUAGACUUGACACAUUGUACCCAUGUGUUGGAACCCAUGAUGAGAGAGCACUUUAUCCACCAGGCUACCCAACUGAAGAGGACAUUUGAAGGAUCUGUGAUAAAAUUGGUGUCUGCUGCCAUUCCUUGUUUUGAUUUGUUCCUGAAAUUCCUGUCUUAUCGGGUGUAAUACUGCCUUGCAUUUGCUUGUGUUUGUGACAGGUACCAGGAAUGGGGCACAAUUUGCUCAUCGUUAUAACGAACACCUUUUUUAGCUUGUGUGUUUGCUUGUUACACUCGGCAAUAUCGCUAGAUGAUAUUGUGGCCUGUGAAUAAUGGAGUGUGGAGCAGAUAAUCCAGUGACUGACAUCACAUGUGUCACCAAUAAACCUGGCCAUCCGAUCCAGUUAGUCACCUCCUAAAACAAUAACGGGUUGCCACUGACUUCACUAGUGGAUCAUGAUUUAUAAACAAAUGCUUAGUACUGAAUCGCACAUUGGAUGGUGCUUUCGGUUUUAAAGCCCUGUCCAAGUGAAUUCGAGUACACGUGUGUGUGUGUGUGUGUGUGUGUG